GCGGGCGGCCUUGGCGCGUGGCGUCGGGGGAGCAGAGGCCAGCCCACGGCGCCCUCGAGCUCGCAGCCGCCUGGGGAGAUGGAGGGCUGCUUCUUCUCGGGGCGCCGGGCCUUGGUGACGGGGGCGGGCAAAGGGAUCGGGCGGGCGGCGGCGGUGAGGCUGAGCCGGGCGGGGGCCCAGGUGGUCGCCCUCAGCCGGACCCAGGAGGACCUGCUCCAGCUGCAGAAGGAGUGCCCUGGCAUCCAGAUAUUAUGCGUAGACCUUGGGGACUGGGAUGCCACCGAGGCAGCGCUGAGCAAAGUGGACGAUAUUGACCUGCUGGUGAAUAAUGCCGGUGUAGCACUGCUGCAGCCAUUUCUUGAGGUGACCAAGGAAGCUUUUGACAGGUCUUUCAAUGUCAAUCUUCGGGCCGCACUGCAAGUUUCCCAGAUAGUUGCUCGGAAGCUGAUUGCCAGGGGAGCACCUGGUGCCAUCGUGAAUGUCUCAAGCCAGGCCUCUCACCGGGCUCUGACUGAUCACACCGUUUACUGUUCGACCAAGAGUGCUUUGGACAUGCUGACAAAGUCAAUGGCUCUGGAACUAGGCCCCUAUGGGAUUCGUGUAAACAGUGUGAACCCCACUGUUGUCAUGACUGACAUGGGACGCCUCAACUGGACUGAUCCCAAGAAAGCUGGACCGAUGAUUAACCGCAUCCCACUGGGAAAAUUUGCAGAGAUGGAUGAUGUGGUGAACAGCAUCCUCUUCCUGCUGAGUGACCAGAGUGCCAUGACAACAGGAGCCAUGCUGCCCGUUGAUGGGGGAUUCCUUGCCUGUUGAAAUAUGAUGUUGGCUCCCUGUGGAAGGCUAUUCCCCUCAGUAUGAUUCAUCCUUUCUAAUCAUCCUGAAAGUAGUAGUGAGAAAUACUACUUCUAGAAAGUGGUCCAAGUAGCAGGCGCUAUUCCUUGUAACCAUGGAAAGAGAGUAAAGAUGACAGAGCCUGCCUUCCCUCUCUUACUGAUUGUAGACAAGCCACACUGCCUUACUUAUGGAGAAAUGUUUAUUGUAUAAAAUAAGAGGUGUUCAGCUCAUCACGCUACACAAUGGUUUAAAAAUUCGACCCAUCUCCAUUCCAACCCCUGCAAAGCUCUCCAUGCUCCAUUUCCCCAGUCCAUUACAUUUCACAAAUAGAAGGGGUUGGCAAUCAUCCUCCUACCUGCAUCUCCCCCCCCCCCGUCCACCUUUUCUUUUCAAACAUCUUACAGAAAGGCUCCUGCCAGGCAGCUCUGUUAUGCCCAAGUUGGACAAGCUUCUCUUCCUCAUCUUUGGGAGAGUUGAUGGUCAAGUAAAAUCAGCUCAGGAGCAGCACAUGGGCAGGUGGUGCCCUGAAAAGCAUAGGCAGCAUUGGAUGGCACAGAAGCUGCUCCGACUCAAUUGUAGAGCAUAAACUAGUGUCUUGUACAAUAAAGCACCCAUGGCUAGUUCUUCA